CUUAUUAAAUAGAAUGAUGAUAGAAAAUGGUUUUUGAGGAGUCUGGAACUAUCCAAAUUGGAUAUACAACACUCGCCUCAUAGCCAUGAUUGGGAAGCUAAAGAAAAUAGUCGGAACCGAUGGGGAUGGAGUGGGUGGAGGUGCACUUGCGGGUAUCCCAUCGGGCGUGAAGGUCAUGGGCGCACAUCUGCAGAGGAAGUUCGCCCGGGGAGUUCAGUACAACAUGAAGGUCAUCAUCAAAGGAGAACGCAAUACUGGAAAGAGCACUUUACUGUAUAGGUUGCAGGGAUACAAGUUCGUGUCAGACUACAACCAAACUGAGGAGAUUCAAGUGGCUGUUAUACAUUGGACAGCUGCCACUAGUGCAACUGAAGUUGUCAAGGUAGAUGUCUGGGACAUAGUUGACAAAGGAAAGUGUCGUAGAAAGAAUGGAGGGCUCAAAUUGUCAAAUGAUCCAUCGGGCGACGACAAACCGAAGCCCAACCAGCACAUGGAAGCCUGUCUCGAUGCUGAUUUCCUAGAUGUAUACCAAGGAACACACGCUGUCAUUUUUGUAUUCGAUAUCUGCAAACAGUGGACUUACGAUUACGUCAUCAAAAACUUACCUCUAGUUCCCCACGAGAUCCCAGUUUUAGUCAUGGCCAAUUUCAUGGACAACCAAGAAAACAGAGUGGUAGGGGAGCCCACUGGCAUGAAACGUAUGCUGAAAAGUGCGGCCAAUAGACCACUCAUUGCUGCUCCAGUUGUGGUCAUAGAAAGUUCUCUCAAAGACGGUUUUGGUCUCAAAAUGGUUCACCAGUUCUUCAAUUUGCCUUUCUUGUCGCUACAGCGCAAAUCGCUCAACCAGAUGCUGGAGACUAAUAAACAGAACCAGUUGAAAAUUAACGAUUUCUUCCGAGGUCUGGACGAUACAGGAAACAAGGAAGUGGAUUACGGGGUGUUUUUGGAAAAGGUUGAGGAACGGCGCACUAAGACAGCUUCUCUUUCGCUUUCAUCUCCUGAUAAAGGAGUUUCCCCUUCUCACAGUGCAAUUUUCAACAACGCAUCAUCUGCCAACGUCAGUCCCUCCAAGCACUCGGCUGUAACUGAUUCCCAGAAGCAGCCAGGAACUAGCGAAGGCAUCGGUUCUAAACUGACAAGAAUGUUCAGCAAGCGGCAGAAAAGUGCGCCAAUCGGUUCGAAAGAUGCAAGUGCUAAUCAACCUGAGAAUUUGGACAAUUUUUUGAGUGGGAAUCAAGGAGCAGAUGGUGAGAAAGGUGGAACUAAAAAACGAGAUCCGGAGAAUUCAGAUGAUAAUGAAAACGAGAACCCGAUGGUUGAUGGUUUCUUCGAAGAUUUCGCGAGCGACGAAAACCCGUGCUUUGAAGUACCUGAUAAGGAACUGGUUAAAGAGACCAAAAAGUCGAAGAGUGUCAAAGCAAGAAAAAUUUCUUCAAGCAGUGAAGAAGAAGAAGUGGAAAAGCCUCAAACAACACAGCAAGACCUGUUCGCUCCUAUGCCAGAUAUUAUAACGGAUGAUCUGGAUCCGUUCCAAAAUAAUCAAGACAAUGAUUUUGAACUGAUGUUUGUGACUGAUGCCUCACCUGAGCACACAAAGCCUAAACAAAACAAAGUACCAAAACCCCGAAAAAUUUCAACUGGUUCAGAAGCAAGCGAUGAAGAGCAGCAGUACGAGCCACAGAUAGUCGAAAAGAAGACACGCAGUAAGAAGCAAACAAAUGUGAAGGGAUCCAAAAAGACUUCAAAGAAGGAAGCCAAGACAGUCUCAGGGAAGAAAACUAAGUUAAUAUCGGAUGAUAGCAGUGACGAUGAGGGGGUUGAAGGGAAAGGUGGCAGAGGAAAUAUGUCGUCGACUACCACUUCGGAGGGUGGCGAGGUUCUCUCGGACGACAGCAGUCAGUAUAGUCUCCCAUCUGACGACCCAGAGGGCGAUGACAACUUUAAGCAGUACAUUCGCAACCAGGCGAAACCUAACAUACAGCAGCUGAACGAAGUCAGUGCGGUUAUGUCGAAGGCAGCUUCCAAAUUGCCUGCGCGCAGAAGACAGAAAAAGAGCUCAGAAAGGGUGCUGAUGUCAGACACAGACUCGUCAGGCACUGACAACGAAAAGGGCAACCUUGAUGAAAAGACAGAAAAAGGCGGGAAGAAGUCAAAACAACAAGUGCACAGUUUUAAAAAUGGUAGAGAUAAAAUUCCAGAUUGCCAUAGUAAGAAUAGGUCCUCAAUUAAUGAUCAGUUACUUGAGCGAGAUGAUGAUGAUGAUGAUGACGAUGAUGAAGAUUCGAAAGUGAAUCCUCUUGUUAAUACUAACUAUGAAGAAAAUGAUCUAGAUGUUUUCUUCGCGCACAAUAAUAAAGAUGUACAGCCAAAUGAAGCGCUGGAAGAAAUGCCAGAUGUAGAUUACUUGCCAGUAGGGUCACAAGAAAAACCGAACAAAGCGAAUCAUGUAGUCACACCCCAAAAUACAGUUAAAAUACUCGAUGGAACAGAACAAGAAGAUGUAGACAAUUCGUUAGCCUCGCCCACGCUGAACUUAAUGUUGAACUCAGGUGAACUUGACUUCUUAGAAACAGUUGCAGUAAAUACGAAGCCUAAAAAAGAGCCAACUGACAAGAAGAAGAAAACUAAGAAGCAGCAAGAUAAUGAUGCAGAUGAACCGAAGAAGAGUAAAGCUGGUUCUAAAAAUAAAGACGGCAAAAACCAGAGGAAAACAUCAAAAUCAGCUAAAUCUGGAAAAGGGUUAGCGGUUUUGCUCGACUUUGAGGAACCGUCUUUGGAAAACAAUGAAGAACCUUUGGUUGCUGACUUUGAAAAAUCAGACGAGUUAGAGGCUACUGAAAAAAAGAAAGGUAAAAGUAAAAAGAAGGUCGACAAAGGGGUAAACGGGGAAAAGAAAACAAAGAAGAAGGCGAAAAAAGAAAGGCCGAAAGAUGGAAGCAGCUCAGAAGCGAAUCAGGGGAGUCCGCAAAACAACCCGACUAUCCAGUUCCAAAAUGAUGGCUACGAGAGUCUAUAACAGUAAAAGAUAUGUCAGAAUCAGUUGAAAGUAUUCUUCUUGUCAGUAACAGACCAGAAAAUGACACUAGUUUAGGUGAAACUUAAUUGUAGGUUUACUUAAGAAACUUAUGCCAUCGUGCUGAAAUGUAGAAUGUACUUUUCUCACUACUCUGGUCUGGUAUAAAUAGAUUGAUAUAUGAGGGUGAUUUUCAUAUGUUCGUUUGUUUGGUUUCGUGUCACAAUCUGUUUGUUUGUUUUGGCUUGGGUUUCUAUUGUAAAUCUAAUGUUCUCAUUCCAGAGUCACUCAUGUGUUGAGCAUAGAACUGGUGUUUUAGAAGGCCAUCUUUUUACUGACUUGGUUCCUGGUAAUAAAAGGUAAUUGUGUCUAAAUUAGAUUGUUCUACGGUGGCAUAUAAAUGGGCCGAAAUCAACACAAGCUGUUACCCAAUAUUUAUGCAAAAUGGGCCUUUCGCCCAAAUUUUUUAAUUUUGCGAUUUUUAAAUUUUCAAUGUUUAAAUGAAGAGAACAAUGAUUACAGUGAUUGGUUUGGUUAAUGGAAAUAUGAUCACUUUAUUCUUU